AUGCCCCGUGUUGAUCUAGAUGAAGUGUUAAAGGAAUUUGAAAAGUGGCACACGUUCCUUUCUCGCCUAACGCAUGAAAAUGAGGUAAAAACGGAUACUGUGAAAAGUUUGACUAACGAUGUGGACAGGCAUAAGCUCAACGAAAGAAGGCUAACAUUCGAGCUGUCGAAUCAAAGAAAAUCAAUCGAAAGUCUUCAUGGAAUUCUGAAGAAACGAUGUGACUAUGAAGAUGAAACAAGACUUAUGAAAGAGAAAAUAGAACUAUUGCGACAAGAACACGCCAGAGAGGAGCGGCUCCAUAGAGAAGAAUUGGCGUCUCUAAAGGAUAAGCUGGACGAUGCAAUUGUUGCGGGAAAGGCUGAGCUCGAUGAAGAAGUGACGAAGGCUAUACAAAAUGGUAAGAAAGAGAUGGACCAAUUGCAAGCAGCCUUGCACAACAAAGAUGUCGAAAUAGAACACCUCCAGAUGCAAAAACAUGAGAUUGAAAAGGACAAACAAACUGAGUUAAUGAAACUGAGACUUGAGUAUGAUUCAAAGUUACUAAAGAUUCAGAAACAAAAUGUAAGCAAGUCAGCACCUUCAGCCUCGGCAAACCAAGAUAUCUUCAGAAAGAAAUUGCAACAUAUUAAGACAGAGACAGAACGAGAGGUUGCAGGGCUCAAACGUACCAUAACUGACCUGGAACAAAAGCUUCAAAAGGCAUCUCUUCAGACUAGUCAGAUGGGUCAAUCAGGUCCCCUCAGCAAGAGAAGACGUUUCCCCUGAUGAGGACAAUAUAGACAUUCAGAAAUGACCAGAGCUUUGAGAAGUAAAAAUAUGUGGAGUAACAUUUUUGAGUAAACAUACAUUGGCACCCCAAAAAAUAAAACCAUUAAAUAGAAGAUAACUUUGAAAUGCUUUUUAUUUG